AUGGGUGAUGAGACAAGUGUCUGUGUGGUUACAUCCUUGAUUAGACUCUCUGUAGGUCUGAACAACACACUCUUCAGUACAACUAUUCACAAGAAAAAGCCAAGUGGGACUUCUUACAGGAAGCAAGAGGAGGAGAAGGUGGUAAAAGAUCCAGAACGAGCAGUUGAUAAACUACCAAAGAAAUUAAAUUAUUUGAACAAUGAGUAA